AUGGCUGACUUCAAAGUCCACCUGAGCAAUAAGGCCCCGUGGCAACAACUCCAGCCAGACGGGAAGAUGGGUAUCUUGCAGACCAAAAUGGACGAACUUAUUCCGGGUGACCCCCUUUCUGUCCAGGAGCGCUUCCUCAAGCUGGAGCACCCACUGUCGGACAUCGAUCAAUCGGUUAGCCGUAAGUAUGUACGCCGUAUGUUUAUCUUCGAUUUCCCCGACCUCUCACAGGGCCGUAAGAACGACACCGCCAUCGCCCUCCGCCGCGGCCUCGAGGUGGCGUUUAAGCACUACCCCUUCCUGACGGGCACCGUCGGUCCAGGCAGGGACCUGAUCCGCAACGAUGUGGUCCAGCUGCGGUACGGCGACACCCCAGACCUACGUGCUGUCACGACCGACAUCUUCAAGAUUCGUACGCACCCGCGAGAUGAGUUCGGCAACUCGUACCGACAGCUUUGUGUCAAGCGGAUGCCCGUAUCCCACUUAUCCAAGGAGAAGUACUGCGCGGCCCCCGAAUUCAAGAAUAGCGACUGGCGUCCGGCUUUCACGCUCCAAGCCAACUUCCUCGAGGAUAUUAAUGGUGGCGGACUGAUUCUUUGCUUUGCCUUUCAGCAGUCCAUUGCUGACGGCACCUCGAUUAAGCUGUUCCUGGACAAAUUCGCUGCUGGAUGCCGAGGCGAUAUUGGCCCGCAAGAUGAAAUCACUGAAUACCAGGCAAAGACGCUUGAGUACAUGAUUCCCGGCGUCAGACAGUUCGUGCCUUCCAUGAUCACGCCUGAGUGGGACUUCGACAUCGAACAGAUGCCGCUCAAAGGUCCAGUUACUACUGGCAUCUUCACAAUGUCCGCAGCCACCAUUGAGAGGCUUAGGAACGACUGCACCGUGUCGCUCAAGGCCACCGACCCCCGAUUCAACGAGAACUCCUUCCUGUCCCAGACGGACUGCAUCUCAGCACUUUUCUGGAUCUCGAUCCUCCGAUCGAGAUGCAAACGUAUCGCCAACACCCCUCGCCACCAUAACCUGAACUUGUCCCACUUCAGCACUGCCGUCGAUGCGCGCCGCUAUCUACCAGGACCAGGCGCAGAUGCCUUCUUCGGCAACAUGUUUACCACAGCUGCCCUCCGCCGUCCAAUUGGAAACUUUUUUCAACCCACUAGCGACGACCACGAGCUUCCUAAGAUAACCACGGCCUUAAUUGCUACUUGCGCCUACCACAUUCGACACGCGCUCAAGGGCAUCACGCCUUCCUCUUUGGGCGGCCGUGUCGCAGUGCUCGGCGAACUCGCCCACCCGCUCGAUGCCACCUUGGCCGCUACGAAGGCGUCCAAAUCCGAAACCACAGGUGUCAGAAUCGAUUCCCUGGUGGCUUAUGGCGCUGAUCUCGACUUUGGCAUCCCCGGAACCGGAACUGGUGCUGGAAGUGAAAACGACGGCAGCCCUCGCUUCGUCCGCAAGCCCUGGCUGACGACCGAAGGUAUGGUCAAUAUCCUGCCCCGAAGGAAAGGAACAAAGGGCGGCGCCGACUGGGAAUUCCUCGUCUGCGGCCGCCCUAAUGAGAUGCGGAAUCUGGUCAAUGAACUCCAGCAGUGGACCACGUUUUACGUGGAUGAUACCAACCCCUCGGGGCCCCACUCUGCGGAGGUCGAGAUGGAGCGCCUGAGGGAUCAUAUCUACGAGGAGGAGGUGAUUCUUGAGGAGCAGGAGCGCCUUCGCCGGGAGGGCCUUGGCGAGACGGGGAGGGGGGAGGAGCAGGACGACCUUGAUGCGGAGGGCGAGGAGGACUAG